AAGGCCGACUGACAUGAUGAAGUCUUCCUGAACAAAGCCGCCUACGAUGACCCUUUUCUGACAUUUAUUUCUUCUUCAAGUCUUCAUUUUUUUAUUUUUAUGAUUUGCAAUGUUUUGGAGGAGCAUUACCACGAUGACGGUCACUCACAACUUCUUUGCUCUCCUACUUUUCUGCAUAGCAGUGUGCAGCUGUUUUGAGCCCGCUCUCAGUUUUGACCAUUGUGGGCACUCUCUUCAAGUCUUAGACAGCAGAGAGGGAGAGAUAAGGAGCUCUGCUUAUCACAGCUGGUCCUACCGCUUUGGCUCUACCUACGACUGCUGGAUCAUAAAGGGUUCAGAAGGAGAACCCAUCGUUCUCAGCUUCUCCCAGUUUUCAGUCCGGUGUAAGAAGGAAUGGGUGUCUAUAAAAUCCUCAGCUGGAGGAGAGCCGUUUCUCCUUUGUGGAUCCAAGUUGCCACAGCCAAUGGAAUUCCCAGGGGGAAACAUUACAGUGACGCACCACUUUCUCCCACAUCUGUUCCCUGUGUCGUCGUUUCGGUUGAGCUACGCCAGAGACACUGGUGAAUGCCCGUUAACAUCUUUUGAAUGCCUCGGAGGGCGCUGCCUACCCCUCUCCUGGCGCUGUAACGGUCAGGUGGAGUGUCUCGGAGAAGGCGACGGUCUCGGCACAGAUGAACAGGGCUGUGCUGCCGAAGCGGACCCCCCACAAAACCCCACGCACACCAUCACACGGGCAGAAGAGGACAAAGCAGAGACGUACCCAGAGAGGAACGGUGACAGGGACUCGGAGAGGCACAGGGUCGCAGAUAAACCUGAGAGCUCUGAUAGGUCAGCAGAGCGGAACUUGGAGUCUGAUCUGUGGUCGCUGCUGAAGGAGAGGGAGGAGGAGCAGCAGACCCACCGGGACGAAGAGCCCGUUGUGGUGCCCACAACUACUGAGUGGCCCUGCGGAGGGCUUCUCCAGACCUUCUAUGGGACCUUUUCGCCUCCAGCUAAUCGUGAUAGCGCACUGUUCUGUGUUUGGACUCUGGACCCCCAAGACUCCAGGCCGCUGAGACUGGACCUGCAGCAACUGGUGCUGGGGUCCGGGGACACCCUCACUGUCCGCAACAGAGAACAAGGCAAAGGAGACGUAAUCAAAAUUAUCACGAGCGCCUCCAAUUACAAAUCAGUCCAAGUAGAAUCUCACACUGGCCUGCUGUCGCUGACCUAUCAGACUCUUCCCAAUUCGCAGGGGAGCGGCUUUAAUGCUACGUUCCAUGUCGGGACCUACUGCCCUCCGUGGGAGGGCCGCUGUGGCGGUGCAUCAGGAGGCUGCUUCACUCAGGAGCAGCGCUGCGACGGGAAGUGGGACUGUCCAGAGACAGGGAAGGACGAGGAGGGAUGCCGUGGCUGCAGCCCGAACCAGUUUGCCUGUGGAGUGGCGGGGCAGAGGGCGGUGUCAUCGAACCACUUCGGUGGCAGGUCGGUGUGUUACCCCGUCAGCGAGAGAUGCAACUACCAGUUGUACUGUGCUGACGGCAGCGACGAGAGGGACUGCACCGUGUGCCAGCCGGGGACUUUUCACUGCGACAGCGACAGGUGUGUGUUUGAGAGCUGGCGCUGUGACGGCCAGGUGGACUGCAAGGACGGCACUGACGAGCUGAACUGCACCGUCAUCCUGCCCCGCAAGGUCAUCACCGCGGCAACAGUGGGCAGCCUGGUGUGCGGGCUUCUGCUGGUCAUUGCCAUGGGUUGCACUUGUAAACUGUAUUCACUCAGGACCAGAGAGUACAGCAUGUUCGCACCAAUCAGCCGUCAGGAAGCGGAACUGAUCCAGCAGCAGGCUCCUCCGUCUUACGGUCAGCUGAUCGCCCAGGGCAUCAUCCCCCCAGUGGAGGACUUCCCCACAGAAAAUCCCAAUGAGACUUCAUCUCUUUCUCUGAGAGGGAUCCUCCAGCUCCUCCGCCAGGAUGCCGCCAACUCCCCUCACCGCAGACGCCGGCCACGAUUUGUCCGCCGAGCUGUUCGCCGCAUGAGGAGGUGGGGUCUAAUCCCCAGACCUCCAUCCAGACCCUCCCAGACGUCCAGCUCCACCCAGCAGCAGACAGACGCCGCUCCUCCCGGUCAGACGACGACUCACUCGGCUCCCACCACCUUCUCGUCGGCGGUGGAGGCGGUCAACCAGCCGGUGCCUCAGAAACUCGGCCUGCUGGCCCAGUCGGAGCAGCACCAGAGCGAAGCACCGUCUCCUCUACUGCCGCCUCCUCCUCCGACUCUACCUGUCGCUUCCCCUCCUCCGCCUCCCUACGCUCCCCCAGCUCCACCCGCGGCCACUCCCCAAACUCCUCCCGUCGCCGUCCCCCCGAGCAGCCCCUCUCUGGCCUCCAUCUUCCACACGCUGGGCCUGAGCAUCUCCCUAUUCAGAGCCUCGCCCUCCUCCUCCACCAACUCCAUGCCCCUCUCCGUCUCCCCGUCUUUCUCCUCCUCCUCCUCGUCUACCUCUGACGACGAGGUGCUGCUCAUCCCCCUGUCUGAAGACACCACUUCAGAGGAUGAUGUUCCCAUGCUCACUUGAAUGACGCCAGGACUUCCUCACCCCCCACCCCCACC